GGCAGCUGCAGCAGUCGGUGCCUCAUUCCUCCAGAAGGAUGAGUUUCUGGGGCAGAGUGUUGCUGGUGGUGGCUACGGCCGCCACUUGCGCUGUCUCCCUCGCUCAAGACGCCAAUCUUCAGGCAAUAGAAUGUCCUUUUCCAGAGGGACAGGAGGUGGUGUCAGAGGAGGAGUGCGGGAAGUACUCAGCGUGUGAGUGGACGGACGGAGUCUGCCAUGUAGUGGACAACGCCGUUGGUGGCUACGUCGUCCAGGGCCCGCCAGAGGUCACCACCAGAGGCUUCAAGGUUAACCUGAAGAAGGCGGACGACACAGUGACGAUGUUCGGAGACGACGUGACCAACUUGGUGUUUGAGGUCAUCCAGCACGAAGAUUACCACCUCCAGGUCAAGAUCUACGACGCAGACGCGGAGCGCUACGAGGUGCCGGUGCCUCUGAGUCUUCCUGACGCCGCAGACGCCGGCGCCCUCUACACCGUCAGCGUCAGCGGGGAAGGCGAACCUUUCGACUUCGUUGUCAGCAGAAAGUCCAACAACAACAUUGUGUUCCGCUCGUUGGGGCCCCUGACUUUCGAGGAUCAGUUCCUGCAGCUGCACACCUCCCUCGCUUCCACUUACCUGUACGGCUUCGGCGAGAACACCCACCUCUCCUUCAGACACACGUUCGAGCCCCGCUCCACCUUCCCCAUCUUCGCCAGAGACCAUCCAAUAGCCACGGAACCCACCAACGAGUACGGUCACCACCCAUACUACAUGGUGAUGGAGGACGACGAGGGUAACUCUCACUCCGUCCUUCUCUACAACUCUAACGCCAUGGAGUACUCGACCUUCCUGCUGGAGGAUGGGACGCCGGCGCUCACAUUGAGGACCAUCGGAGGCAUCAUCGACCUGCACAUGUUCCUGGGCCCCCUGCCGGAGGACCUGAUCACGCAGUAUACCUCCAUGGUUGGCAAUCCAGCCUUCCCUCCAUACUGGUACCUCGGGUUCCAACUCUCCCGCUGGGGAUACAACUCUACCGACUAUGUCCGCGCCGUCAGGGAGAGGAUGAAGGCCAUGGGCAUCCCCCAGGACAUCCAGACCGUUGACAUCAACUACACGGAUGAGAAGAGGGACUUCACCUUGGACCCGAUCAACUGGAGCGAUUUUCCCGAACUCAUCCAAGAGCUGCACAACGAUGGCCUUAAACUCACGCUCCUUGUGGACCCGGCGUUGGUGAUCGACUUCGACAGCUACCCGCCGGCGGCCAGAGGGAAGGAGUCGGACGUGUUCAUCAAGUGGUCUGACCCCAGCCUGGUGCCGGACGACCAGGAGCCCGGCACUGACGACUACAUGGUCGGCUACGUCUGGCCCGCUAACAAGACAGUCUUUCCCGACUUCCUAAAGCCAGAGACUCAAGCCUGGUGGAUCAACGAACUGAAGAUCUUCCACGAGUUGCUCGAUUUCGACACCCUCUGGAUCGACAUGAACGAGCCGGCCAACUUCGGCACCAACCUGGACAAACCAGAGAACUGGCCACCCGACCAGCCGGACUGGAGCCUCAAGUGUCCGGACAACAAGUGGGACUCUCCACCCUACCCCACCGUGAUGACCCGCACAGGAGAAAACCUGAGCAAGAGACUAAGCGAACACACCCUGUGUAUGUCCGCCGCCCAGACAGACGGAAACACCACCUACAUGCAUUACAACGUCCAUUCCCUCUAUGGCUGGUCAGAGACUGUCGCCACCUACAGAGGCCUGGAGGAAGUGUUCCCGGACAGGCGCCCAGUUAUACUUUCCCGCUCCACCUUCCCGGGCUCCGGCCAGUACGCCUUCCACUGGCUAGGUGAUAACUCCGCUGACUGGACGCAAAUGCGCAUGUCUGUUAUUGGCGUGUUAGAAUUCAACAUGUUUGGGGUGCCGAUGGUGGGAGCUGACAUCUGUGGCUUCUUCGAUGAGCCUGACAUGGAGCUGUGUGCCAGAUGGAUGGAACUGGGCUCCUUCUAUCCCUUUAGCCGGAACCACAAUACCAACGGGACGGCGGACCAGGACCCAGCAAUGUGGCCGGAGGUCGGGGAGAUCUCUCGCUACACACUCAACAUCCGCUACCAGUACCUGCCCUACCUCUACUCCCUCUUCCAUAGGGCUCACAUGAACGGCGCCUCCGUCGCUCGGCCGCUGUUGAACGUCUUCCCCAGCGACCUGGCGGCUCGAGACGUCGACGACCAGUUUAUGUGGGGCGACGGUCUGAUGAUUGCCCCCGUCCUUACCCAGGGCGCCACCUCCAGGGACGUCUACUUCCCCGAGGGGAUCUGGUACGACCUGGUGACUGGUGUGGCGACGGCCACGGGACCCACGACGCUCACAGUUGAUGCUCCUCUCGAGGUGAUCCCUCUCUAUGUUCCUGGAGGCGCCAUCCUUCCCUACCAGGUGCCCGCCCUCAACACCGUAGAGAGUCGACAAAACCCGCUGGGACUGACGGUGGCGCUGGACGGGACUCUGGCGGCCUCGGGCGAGAUCUUCUGGGACGACGGUGAAGGAGAACACGACAUGUCGCUGGCUUAUAUGUCCAUGUUGAAUUAUAACCAGAGUGAGCUGACAAUGAGUAUCAUGCAUGGAGAGGAUAUGGUGACUGGGCUCUUCAUUGACACCAUCAACAUCUACGGCUUCCCUAGUGCCCCGCAGGGCGUCACUGUCAACGACGUAGCUCUUCCUGCUGAGGACUUCGAGUACACUGCCGCCAGUAGCGUCCUCACCAUCACCACUCACGCUCCUCUCGCUCAACCCCUCAGUGUCAAGAUUGUGUAUCAGCGGAGUUAUCACCGAGCCAGUGGACGGCAUACUGGCCCGAGCCCGGGAAGGUGGAGCGAGAGAGGACCACAGGACGCUUCCCAAGAAUACCUGCCGUGUCGCCCUCCAGAGUACUCGACCUUCCUGCUGGAGGAUGGGACGCCGGCGCUCACAUUGAGGACCAUCGGAGGCAUCAUCGACCUGCACAUGUUCCUGGGCCCCCUGCCGGAGGACCUGAUCACGCAGUAUACCUCCAUGGUUGGCAAUCCAGCCUUCCCUCCAUACUGGUACCUCGGGUUCCAACUCUCCCGCUGGGGAUACAACUCUACCGACUAUGUCCGCGCCGUCAGGGAGAGGAUGAAGGCCAUGGGCAUCCCCCAGGACAUCCAGACCGUUGACAUCAACUACACGGAUGAGAAGAGGGACUUCACAUUGGACCCGAUCAACUGGAGCGAUUUUCCCGAACUCAUCCAAGAGCUGCACAACGAUGGCCUUAAACUCACGCUCCUUGUGGACCCGGCGUUGGUGAUCGACUUCGACAACUACCCGCCGGCGGCCAGAGGGAAGGAGUCGGACGUGUUCAUCAAGUGGUCUGACCCCAGCCUGGUGCCGGACGACCAGGAGCCCGGCACUGACGACUACAUGGUCGGCUACGUCUGGCCCGCUAACAAGACAGUCUUUCCCGACUUCCUAAAGCCAGAGACUCAAGCCUGGUGGAUCAACGAACUGAAGAUCUUCCACGAGUUGCUCGAUUUCGACACCCUCUGGAUCGACAUGAACGAGCCGGCCAACUUCGGCACCAACCUGGACAAACCAGAGAACUGGCCACCCGACCAGCCGGACUGGAGCCUCAAGUGUCCGGACAACAAGUGGGACUCUCCACCCUACCCCACCGUGAUGACCCGCACAGGAGAAAACCUGAGCAAGAGACUAAGCGAACACACCCUGUGUAUGUCCGCCGCCCAGACAGACGGAAACACCACCUACAUGCAUUACAACGUCCAUUCCCUCUAUGGCUGGUCAGAGACUGUCGCCACCUACAGAGGCCUGGAGGAAGUGUUCCCGGACAGGCGCCCAGUUAUACUUUCCCGCUCCACCUUCCCGGGCUCCGGCCAGUACGCCUUCCACUGGCUAGGUGAUAACUCCGCUGACUGGACGCAAAUGCGCAUGUCUGUUAUUGGCGUGUUAGAAUUCAACAUGUUUGGGGUGCCGAUGGUGGGAGCUGACAUCUGUGGCUUCUUCGAUGAGCCUGACAUGGAGCUGUGUGCCAGAUGGAUGGAACUGGGCUCCUUCUAUCCCUUUAGCCGGAACCACAAUACCAACGGGACGGCGGACCAGGACCCAGCAAUGUGGCCGGAGGUCGGGGAGAUCUCUCGCUACACACUCAACAUCCGCUACCAGUACCUGCCCUACCUCUACUCCCUCUUCCAUAGGGCUCACAUGAACGGCGCCUCCGUCGCUCGGCCGCUGUUGAACGUCUUCCCCAGCGACCUGGCGGCUCGAGACGUCGACGACCAGUUUAUGUGGGGCGACGGUCUGAUGAUUUCCCCCGUCCUUACCCAGGGCGCCACCUCCAGGGACGUCUACUUCCCCGAGGGGAUCUGGUACGACCUGGUGACUGGUGUGGCGACGGCCACGGGACCCACGACGCUCACAGUUGAUGCUCCUCUCGAGGUGAUCCCUCUCUAUGUUCCUGGAGGCACCAUCCUCCCCUACCAGGUGCCCGCCCUCAACACCGUAGAGAGUCGACAAAACCCUGGGCUGACGGUGGCGCUGGACGGGACUCUGGCGGCCUCGGGCGAGAUCUUCUGGGACGACGGUGAAGGAGAACACGACAUGUCGCUGGCUUAUAUGUCCAUGUUGAAUUAUAACCAGAGUGAGCUGACAAUGAGUAUCAUGCAUGGAGAGGAUAUGGUGACUGGGCUCUUCAUUGACACCAUCAACAUCUACGGCUUCCCUAGUGCCCCGCAGGGCGUCACUGUCAACGACGUAGCUCUUCCUGCUGAGGACUUCGAGUACACUGCCGCCAGUAGCGUCCUCACCAUCACCACUCACGCUCCUCUCGCUCAACCCCUCAGUGUCAAGAUUGUGUAGGAUUGUGUCUCGUCACCUUCCUUACUCACCGCCCCAUAAUCACUCAGCAUGAAUGCCUCCAGCAGCAUUCUGACUCAUCAUGCGUACAUGCCAUCCUCGAAGAACUACUCAAACUAUCGAAACUGUGUACAGUAAAC